GAGCUUAAAAGGACCGGGAUUGUACCGGAGCCCCCCUUAUUGCCAGAACUCACUUCCCUAAAUGUGACGGUCUACGGAUGCCGAAAACCUCCUUUCAUCGACACGAUUUACUAUGUCUACGAGACGCUGGCUGCAUCAUCCAAGCUGUUGGAGACCUUAAGGAUCAAGAUAUGGUAUUCGGAACGGAUCCAUGAGUACGAAGGCGGGAAGAUGGCCAAUGAUAUGAUUCUAUCAUUAGAGAGCCUGAGUCAUCUAUGUCUAAAAUGUCCUAAUUUGGAGACACUAGGAUUUAGCGUCGCGAAGCGAUCGAAUAUGGUAGCCAUAUCUACUGCACUGAAUCUUUCGAACCGCCUAUGCCGUCUUCGGCUGACGAUGAGUAGAGAGCGCUCGGCUCGUACUUCAUUCGAAUUCUUUCACCUCAUAAAGCAAUAUCUCAGUCAGUUAGUAUAUCUACACGUAAGGUCAUACAAGGAAGGGCGUUUUAUCAGUCAGCUGGAAUACACCUUGUGGAAGAUGUUCAAGAUGACCGGAAGUAAACCGAGCUCUUGGGAUGCAAACCUCUAA